GUUUACACUUUACGUUUUUGUAUGCAAUAUUAUUCCUAAAUUUCGGCUAUUGUUUAUAUUAAUCCUUUUUACUACUAAUAUACUUAGUUAUUUAAUAAUUAGUUAAAUGUAUUACGUUAGUGCACGGCUCAUGCGUGUCUUUUUUGAAGGUUAUAAAGUUUGACUUCAAAGAUGAAUACCGACAGUUCGUCGCAGGCUCCAAGUGAUAAAAGUUUACAAUAUAACUUGGACCAAAUGUCGAAAGCUUCCGCGAAUAAAGAGCCUGAAAAUAAUAUACAAAAUCGUAACUGUCUGAACCCUUCAGAUAAUAACCAUAAUUUGAGGAACAAUGGAAUUCAUCCUCAAGACCCCAGAAUUCGCCUUCAAUCAAAUCAUGUGUCCUCUACACCUUCAAUUCCUUGGGGACGAAUAUUUCCUGAAUCAAGCUCACCUAAAAUACAAUUGAAGUCUGAAAGUCAAUUAAAAAAAGAAGGAGAAGACCAGGAUGAAUUGUCCAAGAUGAUGAUGAUUCUUCAGUGGAAUUCUCAGUCCAAUCGACAAGUGUCAAGUAACAUCUUGCCACAACCUGGACCACCAACCGGCGUUAAGGAAGAGGAGGCAUUGACAGAGUCAGAAAAGCAGCCAAGUUUUACUUUAAUUGAGCAGAGAGAAGAGUAUAUGAAGAAAGCGGCGACUUUACAGGCAAAGAUUAAAAUAUUAAGUAAACGUCGUCAAGAAUUGAAGGGUGAUGGACAGCGGCCUCCCAGUCCUGAUACCAUGCUACUGCUGAAGGAUAAUACCAAGCUUCUGUUGGUGCACCAGAACAAAUUAAAAAAUAUCAAUAAUUUGAUCGAAAUGUUGAACGGGAUGAUUGGUGAAAGAAACCGAGAUACACAGAAUACAGCGAACACAGAAGUAAAACGAGAAAUCAAGGUGCCGCCGCCCAAACGCUACAACUACGUGUUUUACGACUCUGAGCUGCACUGGUGUAGGGUGUGCAACAUCUUCCCUACUACGGCUACAGACUACCUGUCCCACUUACACUCGCAGGAUCAUAAGACUAAGGUGGCGACAGCGUAUCUCGAGGCGCCAUGGCACGGAACAAUCGGCGACGACAGCUUCCCAACACACCCCCAGGCUGAAACCAAACGCAUGCCGAUCAAAGGUCUGCAGUUCUUCGUGCCGUCGACGGCGUGGUACUGCAAGUUGUGCGACCAGUUCAUCGGUGACCUGCACUGCGCCUCCGCGCAUCUCAAGUCCGUCACGCAUUCCAAGAACUAUUCCGUAUUCGUUAAAGAGAACCCUCACUGGGAAUCAGAUUGGAUACUCGACAGACAGAAGGCAUUCGAAGAUAUGCGCCUCACUAUCAGUUUGGAAGCAGUCGACUCUUUCAACAUAGAGAGCAUAUGCGGCAAGGAAGAGCAAAAAGACGAAGAAAAGGUACCAGAGAAAUAUACAAGCGCUUCCAGUAGUGAUAGUGAUGCAUCUACUGUUUUCAAAGCGAAAGUAAAGCGACCCAAGACAAAGGAUCCUGAGAGUGAGCCGUCAGUCAGUAAGAAAUCGCUGAAAAGACUAGAGCCUUUGAUCGCCGAUAGAAAGCUAUUGGACGAAAUUAAUUCCACAAAAGUAACGAAAGAUGUGAGUCCGCCUCGAGCAUACAGGGACAAAAGCGAGGACCGACGCAGCGAAGCGCGGCAUAGUGACAGAAAUUGGCGAUAUGAUGACAGAAGUUUGCGACAUAACGACAGAAGCAUGCGACAUGAUGACAGAAGUUUGCGACAUGAUCAUAGAAGUUUGCGACAUGAUGACAGACAUUCUAUGAGACAUGACAAAGAUCGACAUUACGACAGAGUACUGCAUCAUGACCGAAGUUGGGCUGGGGAUAGGGCACUUGACAUUCGCAGCUAUGAGCGAAGUCGGCAGCACAGCUCCGAGAGGCGAAGAGAACGCGAGAGAAGCGAAGCGCGAAGUUUACGCGAGCGAAGCGAAGUGCGAAGUUUACGCGAGCGAAGCGAAAUGCGAAGUGAACGUGAGCGAAGUGAAAUUCGAAGUGGACGCGAGCGAAUUGAGGGGCGAAGCGAACGAAGACGAAAUGGACACGCCAGUCCAGUCUCCGUACCUUCAUCGCCAGAGCCUAAUUUGUCUGAAAAGAGUAGUCUUUUAGUUGGCAAAAUAACACCUUUUAAAAUCAAAAAUUCAAAAGAACACGAAACAAAAGUCUCAAAUGAGGAGGAUUUAAGGAAGAAAAAAGAAGAAAUGGAUGCUGAAAUACAGAAAAAGGUCGAUGAAUUCAAGAAACAUCUGAUUAAAAUCCAAACUGAGAUUCAACAGAAGAAAUUAGACGAAAAUACUCGUAAAGCCCCGCCCCCAGCCCCUACAAUUGUGAAUACUCCAGCAAGUACAACUGUUACUGUCCCCGCUGCAAAUAUGCCAGUCCCCGGUUUCAACAUCCCAGGAAUGCCAGAUACAGACGGUCUGGAUAUGGACCAAGUUGUGAAGAUGGCGUCGCAGAUCCUGCAGCAGCAAGCGAUGAUUGCCCCCUUUGGACUGGACCCCAUGUGUAUGCCAAUGCCUAUGGAGGGGUCCCUCCUGGGCCCACCCCCCGGUCUGCCUAUCAUGCCACCGUCGCUAAUGCGUAUGCCAUUCAUGCCAUUUACGGGCCGCAAGAUGCCUCUGCUACAAACACAAAAUAGGAAUAGAAGAAAGAAACCAUAUGAGCCUCCUGCGUCUAAGAAACACGAGACCAACCAGAAGAAAGAGUCGGAAGUGUCAGAACCACUACACCCGCCGGGCGAAUCUAAAAAACACGAGACUAAACAGGCGAAAGAGUCGGAAGUGUCAGAACCACUACACCCGCCGGGCGAAUCUAAAAAACACGAGACUAAACAGGCGAAAGAGUCGGAAGUGUCAGAACCACUACACCCGCCGGGCGAAAAUGAAUUAAAAGAUAAGGACAGCCCAAAAUAAUGCUAAUUUUUGAAGUAAUUACAAUAAUAGUAUGUAGUACAAGCUUUAAGUACCUAUGCAUUAUAAUUAUUAUUAAGAAGUAAGCACCAAUACAUCACGUUAGAAUUAUAUAUAGGUAGAGAUUUAUUAGGGAUAUGUUAUGUAGUUAGGGUAACUAUAAGAACUUUAACUUUUGACAUUAAUGCAAAUCAAGGCAUCAAUUGUUAUAUUUCUAUUUUGUAUACAAAAUAAAGGCAUUAUAUUUU